UGAUGGCAGCUGUACGAGGGGGUCGGUGUUUAUUUCGUUUAAAUAGAAAUAAACUUGUUAUUUUUUCUAGUAUAAAACUUGUGAGAAAUACCUCGAGCAUAAAGCAAAAGAUUAAUACUUUAGAUCCCAUAGAUCAUCAUGAAUCAAAAUUCGAUAAAAUUCUUAUUGCUAAUAGGGGCGAAAUUGCCUGUAGAAUAAUUAAAACAUGUCGUCAGAUGGGCAUAAAAACUGUUGCCAUUCAUAGUGAUGUGGAUUCAACAGCUCUCCAUGUGAAAAUGGCUGAUGAAGCUUAUUGCCUGGGACCUGCACCAACCAAUAAAAGUUACCUAAAUGUUGAUGCCAUUUUUGAUGUUAUUCAGAAAACAUCUACUCAAGCAGUUCAUCCAGGUUAUGGAUUUUUAUCUGAAAACAUGGACUUUGCUCAAAGAUUGGAAAAAUUAGGAGUGGCUUUUAUCGGGCCAAACUGGAAAUCCAUUGCUGCCAUGGGAGAUAAAAUCGAAAGCAAACGCAUUGCUAAGGAGGCUAAAGUUAAUACUAUUCCUGGAUUUGAUGGUGUCGUAGAGUCUCCAGAAACAUGCAUUAAAAUAGCUCAAGAAAUAGGUUAUCCAGUAAUGAUAAAAGCGUCAGCUGGUGGUGGAGGUAAAGGAAUGAGAAUCGCAUGGAAUGAUAAAGAUGCUAUGGAAGGUUUUCGGUUUUCAUCCCAAGAAGCUAAAGCCAGUUUUGGGGAUGACCGUUUACUUGUUGAAAAAUUUGUUGACAAUCCCAGACACAUAGAAAUUCAAGUGCUGUGUGAUAAACAUGGGAAUGGAAUAUAUUUAAAUGAAAGAGAGUGCUCCAUUCAACGCAGAAAUCAGAAAGUUAUCGAAGAAGCUCCUAGCACGUUUGUCGAUAAAGAUCUCAGAAAGGCUAUGGGACAACAAGCCGUUGCACUUGCAAAAGCUGUUGGAUAUGAUUCUGCCGGUACUGUUGAAUUUUUAGUAGAUUCAAAGAAAAAUUUUUAUUUCCUUGAAAUGAAUACAAGACUACAGGUUGAACAUCCAAUCACUGAAUGUAUAACUGGAGUUGAUUUAGUACAGCAAAUGAUUCGUGUUGCAAAAGGUCAUCCUCUGAGGAUAAAGCAAGAAAAUGUUGGUAUAUCUGGAUGGGCGAUUGAAUCUAGAGUUUAUGCUGAAGAUCCUUAUAAGAACUUUGGAUUACCUUCCGUAGGUCGCCUGUAUAAAUAUAUUGAACCUCUUCAUAUUGAAAAUGUUCGUUGUGAUAGUGGUAUUCAAGAAGGUAGUGAGAUUAGUAUCUUCUAUGAUCCCAUGAUUUGUAAGUUAAUAACUUAUGGUCCAUCAAGGCAGAAUGCAAUUGAUACAAUGAUAAAGGCAUUGGAUGCUUAUGUCAUUAGAGGAGUUAGUCACAACAUUCCUUUGUUACGAGACAUUAUGACAGAGUUUAAUUUUGUUGAAGGAAAUAUAACUACGAAAUAUUUGUAUGAUGUAUAUCCAGAAGGAUUUCAAGGGAAACUAUUGACUGAGGUAGAAACUGAACAUUUGGCAUCACUUUGUGGUUGUAUCUUUGUGCGACAUGAAACAAGAUCGAGGCAUUUCCUGAAUCAACCACAGCCACCUCUUGAAAGUACAUUACCCACUGAUUGGAAUCUUAUUACUGAGAUAAAAGGUCAAAAAACUGAAUUAUGUGUAACUGAAAAGAACCAAAAAUUUCAAGUUUCAGUUAAUGGGAGGAAUGUAUUUGUCACUGGUGACUUGCUGCUCUCUGCACCUGUUUUACAAAUGAACAUUGAGAAUGAAGAUUAUACUUGCCAAUUAAUUAAGCAUGAUGGCGCAGGAAAUAUGAGGAUUCGAUUUUGUGGAACUACUUUUAAUGUUAGAGUUCUGACUGAGAUUGCAGCUGAAUAUGAGCGUAUUAUGCCAGAGAAACCUGAGAAAGAUAUUUCAAAAGUUGUACUGGCUCCCAUGCCUGGCUUAUUAAAAUCCAUUUCAUGCAAAGUUGGAGAUAUGGUUGGGGAAGGACAAGAAGUUUGCGUAAUUGAAGCAAUGAAAAUGCAAAAUAGCUUAGCUAUUGGUACCACUGGGAAAGUGAAGUCUGUCAAUUGUAAAGAAGGGGAGGCUGUGGAGGAAGACCAAAUUAUUAUUGAGCUUGAAUGAUAUUGCCGUAUUCUAAAUUGUUAUACAUUGUAUUACUCCUAAUCAGAAUUCUUUUUAUUCAAUGAAUUACAACUGCCAAUGUGUGAUGUCCCAAUGCAAAAAAUCAUGUUUUCAUUUUCAGCUGAAAAUGAAA